AUGGCUUAUUACCACGACUGGUAUCCGGCGCGGAUUCCGAGAAGCUCCAAGAUCGUUCGGGCUCUGUUGAUGCUGACGUCCAUUGUCACUGCUACGGUAAGCCCACGCCCGCCACACCCUCACUGCGCUCAACUAAUUUCAGGACAGACUCUGGGCUAUGACAGCUCAAUGAUGAAUGGUCUCAAUAUCCUGCCAUCGUAUACGGCCUACUUCAACCUCAGCACCACGACGACUGCGCUGAACACUGCAAGUGUCUGGCUUGGAGGAUGCCUUUCCUACGUCUAUUCCAGAGUUCCAGAUUACAUCGGUCGCAAGUGGGCCUUGUUCUACGGAGCGGCGAUCACCCUCGUCGGCGUGAUACUGCAAGCCGCUUCCCAGAAUGGUGCCAUGUUUGUGGCCGCUCGCAUCAUCAUUGGCUUUGGUACAGGAUGCACAUCGAUCGCUGUGCCGGUUUAUCUUGCAGAGACACUGCCAGUGGAAGAUCGAGCUUGGGGUCUUGGACUGGUAUACGAUGCUUGGUAUGUCGGUAAGUAUUCUUCCCUUCCACCGUGCGGAGAAGCAUUAACUUGAGGAAGGCGGACUCAUUGCUGCCGGUAUUACCUAUGGCACCGCGAAGAUGCAAUCGACCUGGGCAUGGAGACUUCCCUCCCUACUCCAAGGUCUCUUUAGCUUCAUGUGCAUUGCCAUAUUGUUUUGGACUCCAGAAAGUCCUCGCUGGCUUCAAUUCCAGGGAAGGACGGAGGAAGCACUUCUUGCUCUUGCUCAAACGCAUACCAACGGCGAUAUCGAUGAUCCAAAGCUCCAGCAUCAUCUUCGGGAGAUUAUCGACAACCUUACGUUCGAGCACGAACACAAGCCUUCCUCGCUUAUAACCGUUGCCAAAGACCCAAGCAGUCGCAAGCGAAUCUUUCUCGCCUGCACCGUCGCGGUGUUCUCGAUGCUUUGCGGAAACAACAUAGUCAGCUACUACCGUAAGUCUUUCUCAAAGGGGAGCCGCGAGAGGACAAUCGACUUACACCGCAGUAGUUGGAAAUAUGCUCGAUCAAGCCGGCAUUACGGACUCUACGACCCAGCUCGAGAUCAACGUCUGUCUCAACGCCUGGUGCCUGUGCGUCGCCAUUGUCGGAACUUUUGGCGCCAAUCUCGUCGGACGGAAGGCCCUCGCGAUCAUCUCGACGCUUGGUUGUGGAAUCUUACUCUUCGUCGUCGGUGCGCUCACCAAAGUCUACGGAACAUCAACAUACACUCCCGGCAUUUACGGAACGGUCGCGGCCAUCUUCCUCUUCCAAGGAGCGUACAGCUUUGGCUGGACACCGUUGUCAGUCAUAUAUCCCCCCGAAGUCCUGAAUUACAACAUCCGCUCCGUCGGCAUGGGAAUCUAUACGUUCUGGAGCAAUGGUGCGGGCCUGCUCGUUACCUUUGCAUUCCCCUACGCUCUCGAUAGCAUUGGGUGGAAGACGUACAUGAUCAACGGCGCUUGGGACCUGUUCCAGAUUGCCGUCGUUGCGUGGACAUGGAUCGAGACCAAGGGCCGGACGCUGGAAGAGAUCGAUGAGCAGAUUGAUGGUGUCCAGAGGCAAGUCAUCACUGGCAUCGAUCCGGAGCACGCCAUGCCAGUCGACGAGCAGCAUUUCAUCAUUGACGUCGAUAUGAAACAAGCUACUGGAGCUGUUGUUGGUCUUGACGCAAGAAAGCAAGAAAUCAAGGUGUCCGUGAAGGCUGCAAUGGAUUAG